UUUUUUUUUUUUUGUCGUCACCAGCUAAAUCUUGACCCACUUUUACAAAAGCUAGGAACAAUAAAGAUCGUAUGAAAACAGCCAUUCGUCAAUUUUCCCUACUAGAGUCUUCGUUCAACCCGCCGCGCGUGUUUUUGUGGGCGCAAAGCCACGCGGGCACGGGGAGAACGUGCGAACUUGAACCCGCAACUAGUCCGUAAAUGACAAACACGAAUCUCCAUUUUUGUUUUUGGGGUAACAUUUCUUCUACUGCUUACACGUUACAAGUGGCCGGAAGAACAAAAAUGAGCAACCGGCGCCGGGAGGGGUCAUAGGUCGCGAUGCCUCUGGCACGCCCGGUGCUAAAUAAUAACAUAAAUGAGCACAGCAACGACAGCGUUUGUACAACGCUCGCAGGCAAAGUGAAAUAUGAAUAAUAAUAUCCGACGCUACAAGAUGAAGUUGCCAUCGAUCUGGUUUUAUUGCUUGUCGUCGUUUUCGGAAAUGAAGGCCGCAGGCAACUUGGAACAGCCUGAAUUAGUAUGCGAAACUCACAAUGGCUCUUCCACGUGGAGAAAUUGUGAGGAAAGCAUGUCGCCGACAUUUGACCUCGAAGACCGCUCAAAUGCAAAAUGCGUCUCGAUACUUCGGGCCUGGUCUCAACAGGAAAUUGCGUCAAAGGCAAAUAUCGUCUUCCUCUUAAUAGCGAGACAACAAGCAGCAAUUAGCCGAGCUCCUUGAGGCUAAAAAGCGUAUGAGACUUGCUUAUAUCAUUUUACACGACCAACUAUUUAAGCAUUGACGUAAUAUUGUUCGGCAGUGAACUGGGAAGCCCGCAUAACAUGAAGAACAUCUUUAGUUGUGUGUUUAGUAAAUGUUUCAUAGUCACGUCAGACGAGUGAGUAGAGUAACAUGAUUUUAAAAACUGAAUAAUAAGGGUCUAAUUCAAAUUGCUCUGCGUAACCUUUCACCUAAAAAGCCAGACGCUUGAAAUGCUUCAUUUCCCCACGGUCCGUGAACGCCACAAAGCAGCUCAAGGUCCCCGUGUGCGCAUGCGCGCAGCUCGGGGAGGUUGAAUGAUGGCUUUUUUUUAUUUUUUUUUAUUUUAAUGUUGUCAUUUGUGCCGCCGCUCCGGCCGUCGAGAUUGUUUAAUAAUAAACUUGCGUUGCGUAUUUUAUUUUUGGCUCGGAGUGCGUCAUGUAUUGAUGCACACGAGGACGACGAGUUGGCGAAACGAGGCGAGCAGUUGUUUUUGUCAAGACUAUGUCGACAAAUAAAACAAAGAAAGUCAAAAUGGCUACGAAAUCUUGUCCCGAAUGCGACCAACAGAUUCCCGUGGCGUGCAAGUCGUGCCCGUGCGGCUACGUGUUCAUUAGCAGGAAGCUCCUCAACGCCAAACUGAACGAGUGCUCGCCCACAAACGCGGCCGACAAGCUGGAAUGCAAGCGUCGGCGCACGGAGCGCAUCCGGCGCGAGCGUCUGGACUGCGGCCUGACGCCGGGGGGGGGCGACGGGGGGGACGGGAGGAGGCAGCAGCCGAGGGCCAACAACCAAUCGGACCCCAUCCGGAGGGGCCGAGGGAGACCCAAGACCGUCGGACUCAAGAAACAGGACGAUGACAAAGAGAAACAAGAGAAGGAAGUGGACGUGUACGCGGGCCUGUCGGACGAGCGAGCCUUCGUGUUCUCCGUGGCCUUGGCUGAAAUCAACCGCAAGAUCCUGGCUCAGACGCUCAUCUUGUAGCCGUCCGCAACGAGGACGCGAGGCGGCGGCGGACAUUUACGAGGACUUUGGAUUGAGGAGUUGAAGCGAUCUUACACAUACUUGGAAAUAAACUACAACACCGCGCUGAAAGUUUUGACGCAAGCGGUAUCGCUAGUGGAAACUGUCAAAAUGCAUCUCGUUUGCGAAUUCCCUUCUAGCUCCUCCCCCUCGCGCAAAGGUCGAUUCGAGGCAACUGCACUGUUCUCGUCGUCAACUUUUAAUCCAAAGGGUUUCUUCAGUUCUUAAGACUUGAGCUGUUGGCUGUUAGCUCCUUAUAUGGGGCUCGGUGGGUGUGGUCACCAUGUUGUUUGGAGCAGUCCAACCAACAGUUGCUUGAUUGGACCGUUGCGGAGUACCAAGACCUGGAUGACUUGGGAAUGGACACAGCUCUACUCCCCCCCUGCCAUGAAUCCAUGUCAGGCCUUGAGUCGCUCAACUCGUGGUUAGCGUGUUCUCCUCCUCGUCACCGUGAUGUCGUUGACCUCCGUUGUAAAAAUAAAAAUGUUUGCAGCCGAGGGCCGCCGCGCUUUGA